UUGUCUCCUCCCCUCCUCUUCCUCCUUCUGACCUUCAGUGUGAUCAGAGGUCACAUUCUCAGGUGUUCAGACUUCGGUUUUGUCACACCUGAGAUCAACCCUGAGGUGGAAUAGGCCUGAAAGGGAUUCUGUGACGUCAGAGGGUAGCAGCAUCCUGGAGACAGACAGUUGCCAGGUGUACAGGUGGAGCCUGAGCAUCUCAUCACAGACACUCCAGCUACAUUUGGGACUCUUUUUUUUUUUUUUUUUUUGAAAAAAAAGUGAUACAGAACUGAAUUAUUUCGGCUUUGUGACAGACGUUCUUGUUUGUUUUGUGACAACAUAACCAGAACAAAGAUCUGCAAAACUGCUGAUCCAUGUUUGGUUCCAGGACUCAGCAGUGUUUGUGUAUUUGUGCUUCAGACGGGUCAUGGAGGUGUCGUCUCACAGCCUCUUCCUGCUGCAGCAGCUCAACGUGCAGAGAGAGUUUGGCUUUCUUUGUGACUGCACCGUCGCCAUUGGAAACGUCUACUUCAAAGCUCAUCGAGCUGUGCUGGCCGCCUUUUCCAACUACUUCAAAAUGAUCUUCAUCCAUCAGUCCAGUGAGUGCAUAAAGAUUCAACCCACCGACAUCCAGCCUGACGUUUUUAGCUAUCUCCUACACAUCAUGUAUACAGGCAUGUGUCCCAAACAGCCUGUAGACCAGAGCCGGCUCCAAGAUGGUAUCAAGUUCCUUCACGCCUACCAGCUGUGCCGGAAACCCGGCGAGGGCACCGCAGAUGCUGCUGCAGACGCGGUCCGCAUGUCCAAUCUGUAUGGCAUCCAGAUAUCUUCCCAGUUAGCCAACAAGGGGGUGCCGGGAGUUCCCAAGGCCACCACGGUGUCCCGCGGCACCCCUGAGGAUGGUUGUUCCACAGACCGGGGAGUAAGGUCCCAUUCGCAGCUGUCGCUCGCUGUCGGACUGGAAGGGGUUCAUUCUGACCCCCAGGCGCUGCGUAACGUCUGCUCUGUGGCUUCUGGAGACGACUCGGACAUCUCGGCUCGCAUCAAACAGGAAUGUGUGGAGGAGGAGGAUGGCGAGGGAAGAGAAGGGACUGUUGUAGGCUCCCCAGGUCAAGGGUGUAGUCCCAAUCAGGGGCCCCUAGCUGAACAAAAAGAACGCUCACUCGUGUUGCUAUGUCCUCGGUGCGGAGAGCGCUGUUCAUCCCCAGAAGACCUGCAGGAGCAUCUGUUUAGCCACGCCCUCAACCCCACCCGCCUAAUAGAGGGGCUGUCACAGGUUGGAGAGCUGGACGCUGGUGUGGAGGAAGGUCCUCCGGGGGCUCAGGAGCAGCUGGAUGCAGGCUGUCUGGAGGAGGCGCUCAGGCAAAGUCAGGCACUCGCCAACCAGCUGGCGGCGGAGCUGAGGAGGAGCCGUGGGGUAGGAGGUAGUAACAGCCCCGCCCCCACCACUCUGCACUCACGUAAACGGAAGAUUGCCUGCGCCGUCUGCAGCUUGCGCUUCACCCACAAGAGCCAGCUGCAGGAGCACAUGUACACCCACACCGGCAAGCCCGGACGCUACCACCGCUACAGCCGCCUCUGCAGCCAGCUGUUCCAGAGCUCCACCCACUUCUGCGAGGGUGGGGCAGACACGGGUGGAGCCUCAGGACUCUCUGAGGAUGCCAACAGGGAUGCUCAGGACAACGGCAGCUCCUGCUACUCACUGGACUCAGAGGUGUCCCAGGAGAGCGUGGAUGGCGUUCCUGUUGAGUGAUGGCGCCCAAUGGCGACAAGACUGUUUGGAUGUUUGUUUUCUAAUGGCUCUGUACCUGUGAAGGUGUGUGUAUGUGAAUCAAUCAUGUGGUCAUGGUGUUGGUGGGACUCUGAAGAGCCUAGAGGAUUGGUGGAAUGGGUCUCGGUCGUGUUUUGUGCUUCUGGACCAUCAAUCCUAAAUGGGAAAAACUCCGUCAGAUUCUCCGAUUCUCUUUGUUAAAGAGUGCGAACACACAGCGACGCCGACUUGGAGAUUCCACGCCAGCAGCUAUGUGCGGGUUUACAAAGCAGUGAGGAGAAAGGCGACCCAUCAGGCUUCGGUGUCGUCAGAUGCUUGGGGUCGCGUCUGACAGUCGUUCUCCUUUAGAGCUUCUUGACAAUCUGCAGCUCUGUCUGCCAGCAAUUCCUUUCAGAUGCAGUUUAAAGAUUAGGCAACAAUCCACAAAUGUUGGCUUUCUGCUUCAUCUCAGAUUUGCAGAAUCUUCCUUGCCACCAACCUUCUGGAAAAAAAAAUAGAUUUUUGUUUUUGUUUCACCAACAUAUUUAAGUUAGAGAACUAAAAAGGUGGAAAAAAGAUACCAGGAAAAGCACAAAGCUUUGUUUUGACUGAUCAAAAAUGAGAAAUGAUCUAUUAAUUGGAGUUAAAGGGACAUUAAGAUUAACAGAUAGAAAAUGGACACAUUUUACAAGAAAUAAGUAGGGAGAAGCUGUAGGGAAAGAAUUCAGAUUUAGCCAAAGUUAGAGAAAUUUUAAGUCUUAAAUGAAAUCUGUAAACACAGUACCUUUCAGUUAUGGAGGAUAAUGGCCCCAUUUGGGGGUUGAUACGUAUGGUGC